AUGGCUAUUGCUUUAGAUAGCAAGUUUCCUGGACCUUUGAGGAUGAUGGCGGCGGAGCAGGCGCGCAGCGAGGCCGAGGGGGACGUGCUGCCGUGGACGGUGGCCGAGUUCUACCGCGGGCAGAGCGUGCUGCUGACGGGCGGCUCGGGCUUCGUGGGGCGCGUGCUGCUGGAGAAGCUGCUGUUCUACUGCCCCGACAUCGACACCGUCUACGUGCUGCUGCGCCCCCGCAAGGGGCUCUCGGUGCAGGAGCGCCUGCACAAGCUGCUCGACGUCCCGCUGUACCCGGCGGCGGGCGACUGGCGCUCCAUCCUGGCGCUGGUGGAGGCGCAGGGCCAGAACGACCCGGUGGCCCUGCGCGCGCUUACCACCAAGAUUCUGGGUCCAUACUGCAACACAUACACAUUCACAAAGAACCUGGCGGAGCACAUCGUGGACCACUACUCGGACCGCCUGCCCGUGGGCAUCUUGCGGCCGUCAGUGGGUAGGCUGGGGCCGCCGCUCGUGUACCAGAGCGCGCAGGCGGGGAUGCAGCGUAUCACCCAGGGCCGCCUCAUCGACAUCGCGUACGAAGCCGGCGCCGAGCUUCCCUUCUCGGACACCCUGUAUCACCCAUGCGGCCGCAUGACCAGCAACUACCUGCUCUUCCUCGUGCAGUUCUUCUUGUUCCAUCUGGUCCCAGCGGUGGUAGGCGACGCUCUGCUCUCCGCCACCGGCCGCAAACCCAUGUUGAUUCGCCUGCAGCGCCGAAUCUACUCGGCCAUGACGAAGCUUUCGUUUUUCCUCCUGCAAAACUGGGACUUCGCGAACAACCGCUUCCUGGAUAUGGAGAAACGGCUUAGACCAGAGGACCGCGAGGGAUUCUCCUACCAUUUGGAGAACCUCAUACCUGAGGCCUUCUUCAAGGACGCGCUGCGUGGCACGCGCCGCUUCCUCAUGAAGGAACUCGACAUCAAUCUGCCACAAGCCAUUCGUGCUUAUAAGAGCGUGCGCUUCGACGACCCGCUCAUCACGGCCGUGCGCACCAACGUGUGCGCCACGCGCGACCUGCUGGAGCUCGCCACGCGCAUGACUAAGCUCAAGGAGAAGUUGUACCCGGCGGCAGGCGACUGGCGCUCCAUCCUGGCGCUGGUGGAGGCGCAGGGCCAGAGCGACCCGGUGGCCCUGCGCGCGCUUACCACCAAGAUUCUGGGUCCAUACUGCAACACGUACACAUUCACAAAGAACCUGGCGGAGCACGUCGUGGACCACUACUCGGACCGCCUGCCCGUGGGCAUCUUGCGGCCGUCAGUGGUGGUAGCUACUGCCUGUGACCCGUUGCCCGGUUGGAUCGACAACUUCAACGGCCCCAUGGGUUUGAUGGUGGGCAUUGUGAAGGGCGUGGUGCACACCAGCUACACCGACCCCGACUGCUACAUCGACUACAUUCCCUGCGAUAUCGUCGUCAAGGGAAUUGUCUUGUGCAGCUGCGAGGUCGCCAGGAAGGGGCUGGGGCCGCCGCUCGUGUACCACGCCGCGCAGGGGGACGUGCAUCGCAUCACCCAGGCUCGCGCCCUCGACUACGAGUACGAAGCCGGCGCCGAGCUGCCCUUCUCGGACACUCUGUACCACCCGUGCGGCCGCAUGACCAGCAACUACCUGCGCUUCCUCGUGCAGUUCUUCUUCUUCCAUCUGGUGCCAGCGGUGAUCGGCGACGCUCUGCUCUCCGCCACUCGCCGCAAACCCAUGUUGAUCCGCCUGCAGCGCCGAAUAUACGUGGCCAACAACGCCCUUUCAUUUUUCUCCCUGCAAAAUUGGAACUUCGCGAACAACCGCUUCCUGGAUAUGGAGAAGCGGCUGAGACCAGAGGACCGAGAGGGAUUCUGCUACCAAUUGGAGAACAUCAUACCUGAGGCCUUCUUCAGGGAAGCGAUGCGCGGCAUGCGCCGCUACCUCAUGAAGGAACCCGACAGCAAUCUCCCGCAAGCCAUUCGCGCUUACAAGAGAAUAACUUAUAUUUUCAGAAUAAAAUAUUGA